GGGAAAGAAAAGGAGAAAAAUAAAAUAAAAAAUUUGAAGGGGAGAAAGCAAAUCAUUGGUUCAAAGCGCUCAGGUCUCCAACCAAGACAACUCACACACACCACCCCAGAAUGUUUAGCCACCCCAUCACUCUCCAAGCUUAACCUCUCACACCUCUCUAGCUCCCACACAAGGAAGCUUUACAAGAAGAAGAAAAUCAGCCCACACACUCACUGUUUUGGUACCUCACGAAGAAGACCAGGACUGAUGGCCAGCUCUAGGUUCACUCAUACACUCAAUGUAUUUGUUGCACCCUUCAGGAAAGGGGCUACACUCUGACUUAUACAAGUCACAAGGCUUGAAGACAAAAAGAUACAGGGAGGCACCAAACAAAGCAACGGAUAGAAAACCAAGUGGCCAAAGGCCAGUUCAAUAAGUGAGUAACCGGAUAGGUUAUUUGCCAGAGAGAAAAACAUUAAGGGCUAAAGAGGAGUAGGGUUAAACUUAGGGUGCAAGCCUUAGUUUGUAUUAGUACGGUUCUAUGCGUGUAUUUUUUAUUUACAAAUACAUGUGAGCAUGAAUAAAAGAAGAAAAUAAAAGUUAACGUUGAUG